UCGGCCGCUGGCUUCCAAGCGGGAGGUGUGUUUGCCUGCCCGAGUAUGGAAAAUAGCGAGAAAAGCUUCAUUUUGGCCAUGUACGACGCUCGUGGGAUUCUAAAUCCACACUGAAACAAUUAAAUGUUGUACUUUUUAAGAUUUCCCUAGACACCCCUUCCCUAGAAGUGCUUCCUGCCCCCACUGGCUGAGUACUUUUGAAAGUGUAAGCCAUGCCUGUUUCAGCUGAUGAAACUGUGGGGAGCCUGGCUAUGAGAGAUACAGUCCUAACUCCAGCAGGAAUUGAAGGGUUACAAGAGUCAUCAUCUACACAGAAUAUAAAAGCUCAAGAAGUCAUAUCACGAAUCAGUCGAGAGGAGCUGGAAGACAGAUUUCUUCAUCUGCGUGAUGACCACAUCCUACUCAAACAACAUGCAAAUAAGCAAGAGGAGAAAAUUAAAAGAAUGACCACCAAAUUAAUACGGCUUGUUAAUGAUAAAAGAAGAUGUGACCAGGCUGGCUGUGGACCCAAGCGGCUGGGUCAUGCUCUGGAGCUGGAAGACAUGAUUGAGCAUUCGCGAGAAAGAGUUCGUGAGCUUGAGAGACAAAAUGAGAGCCUCCGCAACAAACUCAUUUCAACUAAACAGCAGCUGCAGAUUCAAGGCCAUAGACCUUGUCUGUACAGCUCCGUUCAAUCUCGUGUGAACACUGGUCUCAAUAAAGAGACCGAGGCUGCUGCCAUGCCAGAGCACACCAAGAAGGGAAUGAGAUUUCAGAGUUUAGAAGCAAGAUCAUCUGACCUUGUGCUCUCCAAAUAUGGACAGAGUCUGCUUGAGGAUUCAAGGGCUAAAAUCAGAAAUUUGGAGACUAUCAUUGAGUCCCAGAGGAAACAAAUUGAGGAACUAGAUCAUGCCAGAGAGAUUCUUGGGAGUCAACUAAGAAGGAAAGAAAAGGAAAUUGAAGAAUCCAUCCUACGGCUGAAAGAGCAGGGUACAGCAAGCCAAAGGCUAAACAUUCAGGACAAUGUGGAAAUGAUCAAGGUCCGUAAACAGCUGGCUGAGAAAACCAAUGCUCUUUCAGCAAUGGAAGGAAAAUUUCUCCAGCUUCAAGAGAACCUAAAGAACCUGAAGACCAACCAUGAUGCUUUAUUAGCAAAAGGUGAUGAACUGAAUGUUCAGCUUAAAGAGGAGCGGUUAAAAUGCUUCCAUCUUCAAAAAGAGUUGCAGUCGGUGACUAUUUCAAAUAGAAGGAUGGAAGAGUUACAGGAAAGAAUAAAGUAUCUAGAAAAAGAGAAUGAACUCUUGAAGGAAAACUGUGAUAAGCUGCAUAACAGUGUCUUCAGUCUGCCCCAUGAACAGCAAUGGAGGUCAAAGGAACAGCAACUGAAACUGCAAAUUACUAAACUAGAGACAGCUAUCAAAAGUGAUUUAGCAGACAAAAAUGAAAUCCUUGACAAGAUCAAAGUAGAAAGAGACCAAAAGGAAAAGCUGAUGCAAGACAACAAAGACCUGCAGUUACGCUACCUGGAACAACAGCAGGAGCUAGAUGAUCUGAAAAAUCAAGUGAAGUUUUUGACCAAGUUUCAGGAAAGGGAUGUUGGUGUGGUAGAACUCAAUGAAACCCUCUUCCAUAUGAAGGAUCGAAAGCAACAAAAGAAUGUGGACCUUCUGUUCUUGGAAAAAGUGGAAGAUGAUAUCCAUAAAGGUUUAGAAUACUCCAUGCAGGAGCUGCAGUUAACACAUGCGGAAACAGUGCAAGAACUUGAAAAGACAAGGAAUUUGUUACUUGUGCAGCACAAAAUUAGCAAAGAUUACCAGACUGAAGUAGAAACAAUGACAAGAAAGAUGGAAAGUCUACAGAAAGACUAUGAGUUAAAACUGGAACAGCAUUCCCACCUUCUCGAUAUCAGAGCUGCACGUAUCAGAAAACUAGAAGCCCAAUUAAGAGACGUUGUCUAUGAUACAAAACCACUUAAGUCCAGCCCAGAAGUAUUGCCAAGUGACCCAGUGGGUGGAUUUGUUGAAACUGUUCAUUUAGAAAGAGGAGAGAACCUUUUUGAAAUUCAUAUCAGCAGAGUGAUCUUCUCUUCUGAGGCUAUGCACACUUUUGGUGACUGGGAACCUGAAACCUUUUGUACUUACGCAUUCUAUGACUUUGAACUUCAGAUGACCCCAGUAGUUCAUGGGAACAUCCCAUCAUAUGACUUCACUUCUCAGUUUCUUGUGCAGUCUGAUGACAGCUUCUUUCACUAUAUACAAGAAAACAGCAUCACACUUGAGGUUCAUCGUGCGUAUGGCAUAGAUUACGAAACAAUUGCUUCUUGUCAGCUUAAGUUCCAUGAAAUCUUGGAAAACGAUGGCAAGAUCUACAACACAGCAAAUUUAGUUGGAAAAACAGGACACAUUCAAAAUUAUGGUACCGUAGAAUACUGGAUCAGGCUACAAGUUCCUAUGGAUGAAGCUGCUAUUCCCUACAAACAGAGGUCAAAGGCUCUGGGAUAUAUAACACCCAGUUUUAGAGGACAUGAACAACCACCCAAGACACCAAAACUCAAAAUGAAGCAGCAUGCAGCUCAAGCACACAAGAGAGUCUCUUUUCUGGAUCUUAGUACAAUACAGAUGACACAUGCGGUACAGGAGGCUAAACAGCUGUCAGGUGACAAAGUGAAGGAGAUUGCUGAAGAAAUUCAGCAGGUAAAAGAAGAGCUCUCUCAUUUGUCAGAGGAGCAGUUGCCUGACCAAACACUGAUUACUUCCAGAGAUGAGACAAAAAUAAUUGAAGAAUUGGAACCAGAAGACCAAGAAGAUCAUCAAGAGGAUGAUGCUGUUGAAUCAGUAAAAACUGACAGUGAUGACUGUAUUAUUUCAAGUCCAUUAUCCACAAAUAUUAAACAGCUGAGUCAGAGUAUACAUGGCAGUUAUUUGGAAGUUGAAAAAAUACGGAUUAAAAUUGCAUCACUUGUUCUUACUGAGUCACGAAUUACAGCAGAUGAAACAAUACAGCAGCUGUUUGUAGAAUGCAGAUUGAACAAUUUCCUUGCAGAGGAGACCCCACUGUCACUUCCAAAACCAACAAGUGGUCAGAGGAUUCACUAUAACUACAGCACUGUGAUAAAUGUGGGUAAGGAAGAUAAUCAUGCAGAAAGAGAGUAUCUCAAGUCAGUUCUUCUAAAGCCAGGUUUAUCUGCUGACAGCCUAAAAUUUACAGUGGUCAGUGAUCCCCCAGAAGAUGAGCAGGAUCUUGAAUGUGAGGAUAUUGGGUUUGCUUAUGUCAGUUUAAAAGAGAUAUUCCAGAAGCAAAGAGAUGUCAUUGAGCAAGAUAUUGAUGUGUUUGAUUCACAAGACGCCAGUGCAGUAAUUGGAAAGCUCACAGUGACAGUGGAAGCUCUCAAUGCACUGCGUUCAGUCCAUGAGGAAUGCCAAAAUGAUUAGGAGGCAGGAGCAGGAUAUUUGCCUAUUGAAGUUCUUGCUUCCAGUGUAAAGAUACACUUGAUGGUUCAUCAAAAAUUAGAUAUUUGUCAUUCUUACAGUGUAUUUAAUGUAAAAUGUAUAUGAAAAAUAUGCUUGAUGUCCAGGUUUCAAGUUUUCUAUACUUUUCAGUCUGUUUUCUUAUUUUUAAGGUGAAUCAUUCUUGCUGAAUCUCAGGCUCUCAACACUUGAUAGUAUCACAGUCUAACUUAGUUCCAACAAAGUUUCGUUUCAAAUGCAAGCUUGCUUGUAAAUUACCAGAUACCAGUUGAGGGUAUUUUGUCUAAGGAAGUAAGUGAUGGUGAACCUUCAAACAGAAAUGCUGGUAGAUUCUUACUAAGAGUAGUUCUAUCACAAUACUUUGUCAGAAUACAAUUAUUUGUGUUAGAAGUGACCUCAGGCAGUUUUUAGUCCAGUCACUGCAGGAUUAGGUAUUACGUUAGGCCAUGUUGCUCAAGGCUCUAUCCAGCCUGGUCUGAAAACCUCCAAGGAUAGGGACUGCUUAACUGCUCUCUGCACAGCCUGUUCCAAUGCCUGACUGUUCUCUCAGUGAAAAAAGGAGAUGCAUUUUUACAAAUACGUCAGUCCAGAUUGAAGCCAAAUCUAGAUAUAAGUAUGUGGAGCAGAUUUUUCACUUAAUGCACCGUCUAAUAAUUUCAAUUUUUUUAUUUUUUUUUUAAUUCUAGGGAUGGCAUGUUUGUUAUUUGUUUCAGCCAUUUAACAUUUGCACAGAAAUAAAGAUAAAGCAUUUUAGUGUUGUCACACUUUGCAGUAUGCCAUCGAAUUUUCAUCCAGUUUUGUGAAGCAAUUGACAGCAAACAGCUGUUACUGUUAUCAAUGUGAUUUGCUUAAGUAAUGUUUCUGUAGAUUUCAGUGGUAAACAAUUGGUUGUGGUUUAAUCCUGGGUUCGGAGGUUUUUUAUAUUAGGCUUAGAUUAUUUUAAGAGUAAGGAUAGUGGCAACAAUGCAAGACCGGUCUUCUACACAAUUAGCAAUUAUUUGUUUCACAUUUUUGUGGAUUUAGAAAAUAAUCUAUUUUCUAUUUAAACAAACUGUCAUUCUUGUUAAAUGCAGAAUUAUUUCCGUAUGUAUUAAAGUCACAAGAACUGAACCAUUCUUGAAAAAAUGUUGCAAAAAUGUGGUCCUUCUACUGCUACCAAAAAAAAAAAAAAAAACCAUUAAACUCUUUUGCUUGUUAUAAACCAGUGGUUAUUCUGAUUACCUACUCAUAAGUAUAAACAGCUACACAAGCUGAAAGCCAUUAACUUCAGUGGUAAUGAACAACCAAACUUCACCUUAACAUGAGGAAGAACUUGUUUACAUUGAGGGUGGCAGAGCACUGGGACAGUUUCCCAGAGUUUGUGGAGUCUCCUUCACCAGAGACAUGCAAGACAGAAACCUCCCUCGAUGUGUUCCUGUGUCACCUCCAGGUGACCCUGCCUUGGUGGGGUGAUAAGACUAGAUGAUCUCCAGAGCCACCAAUUUCCAACCACCAAUUAACUAUUCUGUGG